UGGUGAUAACAGGGUGAGUACAAGAGUAUUUAAACAGGGAAUCUGCCAUCCAAGCUGGCGGUGUGGUACUAAACAAGGUUCGGCGAACCGAGCGGCGUGCUAAACGCGCGCUGGGCCACCCUCGUCCAUUAGCUAACGACGCUCGCGGUGUGGUACUAAACAGGACGCCUCGCCGACCCUGUCCAAGAUCUUCCCCACGCCCCGCGUCGACAAGAAGCGGAAGAGAUCGAUCCCCAGGGCCGCCUCCCUGCUCUGCUCCUCUGCUCCCCGGCAGCGCAAGAAGGACCGGGGCCGCCUCCUCUCCGGCUCGCCGUUGUAGCUCAUGCUUUGCUUUGGAGCGCCGAUGUAGCUCAUGCUUUGCUUUUGAGCGCUGGAGCUCGCGCCAGGCUGCCAUCGCGCCGCGAGCCCGACGGCUCCCAGGUGUACCCCGUCGGCUGCACCGCCGCGUGUCCGUAAAACCAUGCCGGAGCGCCAGCGCCGCGCCCACCGGAAGCAGGAGGCCCCAGGAGAGCGCGUUCAGGGAGUCGUGCGCCCACUGCAGCAUGGCAGACGCGAUGGGGGAGGACUCCGUCGUCGUGGUGAGGAUGUCGACGGUGGCGUGAGACGCCAGGUCGGACGCUCCUUCCGCCUCGACCACACCCGCCGUCGCCCAGCUCGCGCCGACCAAGAAGCGGAAGAAAUCGAUCCCCCGGGCCGCCUGCUCUGCUCCUCUGCUCCCCGGCAGCGCAAGAAGGACCGGGCCGCCCCCUCUCCGGCAGGUGUCCGCCGCAUCUUCCGCCUCGUCUCUGGUGCCGCAGGGGCCUGAGGCAUCUUCCGC